AUGGCUAUUCGCGAGGAUCUCGUAUCCUCUGCAACCCAAUUUCUCCAGGACCCAAGUGUCGCGUCAUCCUCCGUCGAGAACCGCAUCUCAUUCCUUCGAAGCAAGAACCUGACCCAAGAAGAAAUUGAUGUUGCGCUGGCACGAACAGGUGGCAGCGCACCUCCAGCUCCCAACGCGCCUUAUCCCAGCGCUCCCGCCGGCCCUCCUCCUGGUCAACAAUACUAUCCCCCCUAUCCACAGCAUGCCUGGCAACCACCGCCACCUCCUCCCCGUAGGGACUGGAGAGACUGGUUCAUCAUGGCCACAGUCGUUGGAGGCGUCUCUUAUGGCCUCUAUGAGUUAGGCAAGCGCUACGUAUAUCCAAUGGUCGCCCCUCCGACACCAGAGAAAUUGGAACAAGAUAAGAAAUCGAUCGAGGACCAAUUUGACCGAGCUUUCACGCUUGUUGAGCAGCUUGCGAAGGAUACGGAGAGUCUGAAGAAUGCCGAAAAGGAGCGAACCGAAAAGCUGGACGCAGCGAUCGCGGACCUCGAGACAGUUAUGACCGACCUCAAGGCUGCGAAUCGUCGUCGGGAGGACGAUGCGACCCGAAUUCGUGACGAGGUUCAGUCUCUCAAGGACGCGAUUCCUAAGGCUCUCGAGAACCAGAAGGGCCUGACUGAUAACCGGCUGAAGGAGAUCAACACCGAGCUCACCAGUCUCAAGACAUUGGUAUCUCAGCGCAUGACCGCCCCCAGCAGUAGCACCGGUUCUUCAACCAUGAACACCUAUAUGCGAGGCACAGCCGGAACUGUCGGUGCCGGUGGAAGCUCCAGCAUGGCUACUCCUGCUGCCUCUACCUCGACUCCUGCUGCUAAGACCAACGGAGAGAAGGCCGCAGUUGAAUCGGCUACCACCACUCCUGCUGCAGAAGUUCCCAAGCCUACAUUCCCCUCUGCUCCUCAACUUAACCGUUCAUCCUCCCCUCUCGCCAACAUGACCGGCAAGAAGUCUAUCCCUGCUUGGCAGAUGGCCAUGGCUAACCAGAAUGAUACCUCGUCGACUCAGGUCAAGGCCGACGAGUCAAAGGCUGGUGCUAGUUCCAGCUCUUGA